CCAGGCUGGUCAUGCUGUGGAGCUUUUGGGCCAGAUGAAGGUUCUGGUUCUGACCCGUUCAGUCACUCCCAGUUCUGUUCCCUCCUCCCUCGCUCUCUCUCUUCCUGUUUCUUUGCCGCUCGUUUCCUUCUUCCUGUUUCCUGCUGCCAGCUUCCUGUUCCCAGGCGGCCAGAGUAGCCGCAGCAGAACCGGCCCGCCGGGUCAUUGGACCGCUUCAGAUGGGAUCAGCAGCAGAAUCUGCUCUUCAUAUUGGAGUUUUACUUGUUUUGAUUCAAGGCCUUUCAUCCGGAGCUGAAUCCGUCUGUCCAACAGGAGGCGCUGCAGCAACAGAACCGGUCCCGACGAGCUGGACCCUCUCUAGUUCUGGUUCUGGUUCUGAUCUGGAAGAAGUUUUCUUUGUUGAACACCCCCUGCAGGCCGCCAUGGGAGCUGCAGCAGCUGCCUGAGCAUCUCACCUGUUGGAUGGCUACAGGUGAGAACCACUGGAGGGUCUAUGAAGUGGCUCAGCAGGUGAGGAACACCUGGUGGCGCUCCACAGGUGAGCCGGGCUCCGUGGACGGGACCGGAGCAACGAGGGGGCGGAGUCACAUGGGAAGCUCAUGCCAUGGAGGUCAAUGGUCAACUCAUUUUAGCACCUGAGCCCCUCACCUGUCCAAGCAGGAAGCAAAAAGAGCGAAUGGCGGAGCUGCAGGAGAGGAGGCGGAGCCUGCAGGUUCUACUGAGCGCGCGAUUGGCCGAGCUGAGGCGGAUCUGCCUCCAGGAGGCGGAGCUGACGGGUGCGGUGCCCAGCAACUUCCCCCUGGAGGCGGGCGAGAAGCCGCCCUGCGUUCGCAGACGAGCGGCGCCGACCCGCCAGGGGAACAGGAAGUGUCGAGCGGAGCAGGAAGAAGACGGCCACCGGCCCAAACCCAGAAAGACGCUGUUCAGUGCCGCGCUGAGGAAACACAGCGACUCUGAGAACGGCACACACACUCACACACACACACACCACGGCAAGAGGACGGUGCACCGGGGUUGCCACACAGACGAUACAGUGAGAUCAGAGAGCAGCUCCACGUCAGACUCGGCAGGAAACGACAACGACAACGGUGGGUCUCAGUGUCGCCCCCUGCUGGUUUCUGCUGGAUCUCCUGUGGAGGUUUUCAACCAGAACAAACCCAGGAAGUCGUCGGUCCUCAGCAGGACUGAAUACCGUGAGAACACCAAGCCUCCUCCUCUGCCCCCCUCACAGCCUCCUCCUCCUCCUCCCCGCUCCCAGGACUCCUCCUCCUCCUCCGACGCGGGGCGGGAGGUGGGCUGCCGGACGUCGCGCCAGAGCAACGGCUCCGACAGCCUCCUGACCCACAACACCCCCCCGGAGGACAGGCAGCAGGGGGCGCUGCGGCCGAACGGAGCCACCGUUUCCAGAGGAACGAACGCGGCCGGGUCAUUCUGGAGCUCUGAGUCGCUGACAGAGCGGCGCGGCAGAAACCACCCCGUGGCCCCAGAGGGGGGGGUCCGCGUCCGAGGGGGGGGCUACAGCGAGGUUCUGCUGGACUACGUCUGGGAGAAGCAGCGGCAACUGCAGCGCCAGCAGUCGCAGCCCAGCAGGCCGCUCCACAGCGCCGGCUCCGCCCAGCAGCCUGCGGGAGCCCCGCCCAUCUACCGCGGUCACCACGGCGACCAGCGCAGAGUCACCGUCACCCGCACCAAGUCCUGCGGCCCGUUCCUGCCAGUGCAACAGAACCACGGUGACAUCACCAAACAGGCUCCGCCCACCAUCCAGCCAGACCCCCACCCCCACCUCCUGCCCCCCCGCCCGCCACAGCUGCCCCCCCAGCAGGACUCCCAGCUGGAGGAGGCCACCCGAAGCCUCCACAAGGCCCUGGCCCUGGAGGGUCUGAGGGACUGGUACCUGAGGAACACCUUAGGAUCCACCCACCAGAACCAGGCCGGUGGAAAGGUCUCGACGGCUGCCAACACUAAGGCAAAUGGUGGGGUCAAAGGUCAGGCCGGAGGGGUUGGCGUCCUGCAGCAAAGACGCACGGCCCACGGAGUCGUCCAGCAGUCGACCUAUCAGAGUCAUCACUACGCCGCGCCGCAUCACAAGCAGACGCUGCCGCACUCCGCCACGUUCCACGGACAUCCGCUGCACGGGAGGUCUGUGGACAGCUCGCUCUACCAGGACUCCUGUCCAUCCCAGAAUCAGGAAGUUCCCCUCAGAGACUUGGCAGUGGACCAGCCGUCUCCUGGGACUCUGGUCUGAUCACCAGCCAAUCAGAGGAACAGACUUGGACGGACCCCGGCCCGGUUCUCUGGGCCUCCUGUGAUUGGGUGAUGAUGAACCAGCUGACCCAGUUGAGAGACUAGCUGAACACCCAGACGCCCCAUGCACCUUAAAGACAGGUUCACCUCACCAAGACCUUCAUCUGACAUGAGAGGGUCUGCUAAGGAAGACCAUCUACUCAUCAGAGUGUUCAGUGGUCUGUGGAGGAGUCACGACCCAGAACCAGAACCUGCCUGAAUCCAGUGGAUCACCGAUGGUUUAACUCUGUUUGAGAGAAUAGUGUCCAACCAGAGUCACUGGUUUGGGUCAAGAAGGAACCCUGAGUUCCUCACUUCUCAAGGUUCCUGGUCUAGAAAGGUUCCCAUUAGCCGGUUCUCGUAUCACCACAGCUGGACUGUGGAGCACCAACCGGUCCAAGUUCUGGGUUCCUGGUCCUCAGACUCUGCUCAGACAAUCUGCACCCCCCAAAGACAGAGCCUCGCCUGCUCUCUGACAUCACCAGCUGACAUCACCAGCUGACAUCACCAGCUGACAUCACCAGCUGACAUCACCAGCCCUGAUCAGCUCAGGCGUUUACCUGUUAAAGCCUCAGGUGAGUCCAGACCGGAAGCAUCAGGUAACUUUGCAGUUUGGACUCAGAAUUCCUGCACUAUGAAUCCAGCACCUAGUUUCAUUCUCAAACCAGCAAGACUGGACCUGCAACAGGACCGGACCGGCCCGGUUCUGGCCGGCUCAGAGAUCCAAGAUCCAGAACUUCUUCAGGGAAACCGGGUCCAGGAGAAAGUUCUGGUCCUGCAAAGAGACAAUCCAGAUCUCAACAAGCUAGGAAUGUCACCAGAACCUGGAGGAAAUCUUGUUCCGGAUCCAGACCUCCGUCUUCAUCGGGACUCGGAUCAGAACCUGGGUUCUGGGCCCGGGUCAACUUCAGGUCAUAAUCAGGAAGCAGGUUUAGUCUGAAGCAAUAAGAGGAGCUUCGGGUUUCACGUUUAAGAGCUUCAGAACAAAAGAACCCAAAAACGCUCAGAAUGACAAUCAGACGAUGAUGUCACAGCGGUGAUUGAUUUCAUCAUUGAUCGACUGUUUGGUCUCGUUUUCUACAGAUCUGAUGUCAUCUGAUUUUAUACAAACUUUUGUUACUGAAAUGAUGGUUUUUAAUGCAGAACUUAAGUUUUAUUGAGAAGAAUCAGUGUUCACACACGCCUGUCCUCACACACACACACACACACCUGUGCUGUUCCACACCUGGGCCCGUAUUCUCAAAGAAUUCUGAGACAAAGUAGCUGAGUGGCAUUUAAUGUAAUUUUAGUUUAGUUUUUUUUCCCCCUCCAGGGGGUCUUUUUGUGGCUCUAGUGUCCCUUAUGACAGCAGGCUGACAGGAAAGGGGGAAGACGUGGUAAAUGUCGUCGGGUCUGGGAAUCGAACGGCCAUGUUGAGGACUCAAGGCCUCCAAAUGUGGGUUGUGCUAUCCCCUACCACGCCCUAAUGUAAUUUUAGUUUUAUCGUCGUUACUCCAGUCUGGAUUCACUGGAGGCGUUUUUGUUUUGUUUUUUUGUCUUUGUUUUGUGUUUCGACCAAUCACAGCCAAGUCUGGACCUGUUGAUUUAUUUUAAAAAGAUAAAAGAUACCAAGAGACGUUCUAGUUUCAAAACAAAACCAUUUGACAUGAGUUUAUGGUUCACCCUUCUCACCAGCAGGUGGCGGCAAUGCUCCACUAAGUUAUUGGCAACAACCGUUGUAUAGAUGAGGAACCCUAACCCUAGAAAACAGCGUCCACGCGUCAUGCUUAACAACGGGGUUAACCACACCUAGCAACGGGGGUGACCACACCUAGCAACGGGGUUAACCACACCUAGCAACGGGGGUGACCUUCGGAGUUUGAGGAUCUCUGUGAAUACGGCCGGUACUGUUCUACACCUGCUGGUUCGCCUCACCUGUGCCUGAGGUUCUGUGUCUGAUCCAGUUACUCUGCUGGGUCGCUGCAGCUCAGAGAUUUGAAUUUUCUUAACGAUGAAACAUUUUUUGUUAAAACCUCCGUCAGUCAUGAUGAAUAUGAACAGGAACCGAAAGACAAGCCCCGCCCACUCUGAUGGCGCUGCCGUUCUAUUGGUUGCAGCCACUCAGGUGUUUGGUUCUGGUCAUGUGACCGCAGCUGGACACGCCUCCUUCGCCAGAGCAGAACCUGAGUACCUGAAACUGGUUCUGCUGACAGCCCAGAACCAGCCGGUACCAGUCGGUAUCAGCUGGGAUCCUGCAGGAGUUCUGGUCUGGUCGGGGAAGAGAAGAGGGAUCCGGUUCGGUUCUGACGGUGUGUGUGCUGCAUGUUCUCAGUCCAUUCAGAACCCGUACAGGAACGUGUGUUCUGAAAGCUCCAGAACCGGACCUGGCCGGUACCGCGGCAGCUUCUGUGAUGGACUGAAUGUUUUUGUAGUUUUUGUGUGUAAAUAAAACUUGUGAAUACGUUU